AUGAAGCGUCAGUUUCUCCUUCGCUCAUCUCUUCUUUGGACUCUUGGAUACUCUCUGAUUCCGUUGACUUAUGCGCUGAGUCCCCCUGAUGUGCUCAUCCUCAAUGCGACGAUUCAUACCAUGGAUAGAGCUGGCACCGUCCUCUCUCCUGGUGCGAUUGCCUUCAGGAAUGGGGUCAUUACCUGUAUAGGGAAACAAGACGAGCUAUAUGCCGUUUGUGAUGGUGCGCAUGGAGCGAACAAAACUAUUGAUGCAGGCGGGAGGACUCUAAUCCCUGGCUUGAUCGAUUCCCACCUACAUCCUCUUCAAGCUGCGAGCUUUAUGCUCGGGUGCUCCCUAGGAUACCAGAAGCUUAACGAAGAGGGGUUGAGGCGCAUCGUUCAGGCAUGUGUUGAUCGCGACUCGAGUCGGGGUAUACCUGCUCAUGGCGACUCUCCAUUGACUGUAUCAGACUGGGAUCGCGAGGGGUUCACAGACAUUUCAGGACCUGCAAAUGCCACGAUGCUUGACAAAGUCAAUACCACAAGACCGAUCGUUGUAAUUGCCACUUCUCAGCAUGGCCGGUGGACCAAUACGCGUGUGCUUAACCUUUCUGGUAUCAAUGCUUCGACUCCGGACCCCGCCGACGGCCGUAUCGUACGAGACAAAAAUGGAUUCCCAAGUGGCAUUUUUGAAGAGGGCGCUACCAAUCUUAUUAAUCUUGGCCCUGGGACUCCUCCGCCUAUGCCUCCUAUAGAAGUCGCUCGAGUAGCAUUAGCCAUGCUCGCAAGCAAGGGUAUCACUUCGUUUAUGGACGCUGUUGCAUUCCCCACAGAUGUCUGGCGCAACCUUAAUCGUGCUGAUGCGCUGACUGCCCGCGUCUGGAACGCGGUUGGUGGCCUCGGUGCUAGUUCUGCACAAAGUAUUGCCCAGGCGGCCAAGGACGCAUUCGACCAGUGGGACGACGGUGAACUUGUAGCCAAUCGACCUUCCGCAAUGUGGCGCCAUGCGAAAGUGUUCAUCGACGGGAUUUUGUCCGCGGUCUCGCAGAGUGCAGGUCUGAUUGAGCCAUAUUUUAUCAAAAAUGCGACAGAUCAAUGGGUUUCCGGUACCAACCUAGGAAUAUACAACUUCAACACCACCGAGCUCCGUGACAUACUUGUUCAGUCUUUUGCUGUCGGUAUAAACCUCCACAUCCAUGCAGAUGGAGAUGGUGCGGUUCGUCGGUUAUUCGACGCAAUCGAGGGCUUAGACGCACCACUAAAAGACAACCAACUCGGGAUCGCUCAUGCCGAGAUCGUUCACCGGAUGAUCUCGCGAACUUGGAACAAUGACACUCGGAACUCCCUCACCGCUGCGCGCAUGGAAUUUGCAGAGCCUUUCAAGCCAGUUACUGACGCAGGAUCUAGUGUUGUUUAUGGGUCCGAUUGGCCGGUCGACCCACUCGACCCUUUCCUCGCCUUAAAGGCAGGUGUGACUCGCUCAGGGGACCCACUUAACCCAAACUCGCCCGCCAAUUUCAGCUCUCAAUACACUGGUCGAUUCAAUAGCCAAGAGGGCCUUAGCCGGAUGGAAGCGAUGCGCGGUAUGACCACAUAUGGCUCGGAAUGGCUUAAUGCGUCCCAAUCAAUCGGAACUUUGGAAGUUGGGAAGUUUGCCGAUAUUGUCGUGCUAGACAAGCCAUUUUUCGAUGAGGCUUCUGUGCCGGAUGAAGAACUAGGAAGAAACAAGGUCUUGUUAACGAUCGUAGGAGGCCGGCCCGUUUUUGUAGAUGAGGGAGCUUCCUUUGUUCCUGGCGGUUGGUGCAGCAUCUGCUCGAACUACACAGCUCUUUUGCAGUCUGUCACCGCUCAAGUUCCGGGCAUUUAA